GUACCUACUAAACUUUUUUCAUAGUUCACAUUAGAGUACGGUUUAAAGUGAUGCCAGGGAAUUCUUUUGAAAGUCAUGGGAGGUUCAGAUCAAGAGUUGGGUUUAUUUCAGAUGUUCGGAAAAGGAUGUUGAACGGUUUAAGUAAACACCGCGCCUUUCUGUUUUACCGAAAAAUUCAGCAAAUCGUAUUUCAUAUUUUUCACCUGAGUAUGUACUGAGAGAUCUUAGACAUUUUGGAGACUAUAGAGUUUAUGGUCCCAUUUGGCUGUUGUGCUGGGAUGAGCUCAGAGAAUUGACGGUAUUGCAGCUUACUCUUCAAUUGAAUGUAAUGCUUUCGCAUUCUGUGGUAGAUUUUCUAAAGUCUUCUGAAUGCCAAUCCAAGCUUGACCGUAAAUCCCCUAUUUUUCCACAGUUUGAACAAAUUUUAUUACCGAGGGGGAUGAAGGAGUCUAAAAUACGAUUUGUCGCGUCUAUCGGUAAAACAGAAAGGAGGUAGUACUUGGAUUCGCAGUUCUCCUCCGAAAUUCCGUUCGCCGCAUGCGGUCCUCGUGGCUAGUAAACGGUAACCUGAAUGGCGGUGCUCGGGGGUUAGUCGAGCAGGCAUCGCGACGCUACAGUGACGCCGCCCGGCGCGUCGCGAAUAAUUAUUGCGAGACCAAACGAAGAGUCGCGGCACGGCUCGCUGCAUGACACACUCGGGCUCAGCUAUCGGCAUCUGAUAUUAUUCCGCGGUCCCGCGUUGUUCCACAUUACAUCUCAUCGUCAGCUCGCUGCGACCCAUUUCUUCCUCCCCUUGGUCUGUCUGUCCGAAACAAAUAAUCACCAAAAAAAAAAAAAAACCCCUGCGAAUAAGAAACUAAAAGCGAACAGCUUUUUCGCAAAGUGCAUUUGAACCUGGAUCGGGGCGAGCGAAAAAAAUCGGUUCCAGUGGUCGCGGUGGUAUUUGGAAAACAAAAGUGCACGUACAUGAGUGUUCAAAUUCUUUGUAAAAAAAAUUGAAAAAAAAAAAGAAAAAAGCUCUUGUAUACGCAUUGAGGAAUAUCGGUGAAGUUUUGCGGUAUACAGGAGAUGGGACACCGAAGAGAGGCCACAUUCCGAGCAGAUCACGGAUGCUUAUAGAAGCGUUGCGUAACAAACCGAACGACUUGAACCGAGCGUGGUGGUGGUGCUGCUGCUACCGCUGCUGCUGCUGCAGUGGCUGAGAAUACAGACGAGACGGAUUGUGGAUCGCGAGGGAUUACGAGCGUUGGAAACGUGCGGUGCGCACCAAGUUCGAGCAGUUUUACCGGCCUCGGAUGAGAGUCGCAGAGUGCCGAUUUUUCAAUCAGGUCGAAACCGGGUGUCGGGAUAUACGGUAAAGAAAACCCUGUGAUUUAGUGGCUUAAUCCUCGCUGCAACCGAUUGGAAGAGUCACGUGUCAGUGCAGUGUAUUUAAAUCAUUGAACAGUGGCGUUGUUUAGGUCUAGGCAGUCGGGGAUGGUGAAUGUGCGUUUCAUUUUCCUGUCAAGUUCAUAAAAAAAUCUGUAAACUUUUACCAACGCCUGAAAGCAACACUUGCAAAGAACAAUGAAUUCGUUUUUUACUUAAAAAUCGGAGGAAAGUGACCGGAAAAAUUGCGCUCUAUCGGUGGUUUUGCCUCAUUUUCGGCCCUUCUUUAGUUACACUGUUCACUUGAUAGAUUUAUAUUAUCGUCAAUAAAAUAGUCGUAUUUGUUACCGGUGUUUUUGUUCUGCUUGAUCACAUUAUUUGCAAAAAAUCGGUCCGAAAUCGGUUUGAAAUUCCACAUGCUUACAGAUAACUUCGCAUUCUAAAACGAACAGAAUUUUAUAAAGUUAGCUGAAUCACAAUAAAUAAUUGUAUUGCUAAGUUGUAAAAUUGGUAGGCUGAAAUCGGUUAGUAAGGUGAUUUAUGAUGGAUUACGAAAAUAGGGUUAAAAAGAGUUGUUUGCAAGCUUGAUAAUGUUGGAGUUUAUUCGAUGAUGUAUUCGGUCUAAGAUUGUAAAACGCGAAACGAUCGGUAACUUAAUACCGUCAAAUAAAUUGGCAAUAUCGCCGAAAACUCGAGUUUGUAACAAUUUGAUCGGUAUAACUGGGUGCCAGUAAAUCGGUACGGAAACAAAUUACACUGAUAGAAUAAAGCGGAAAUAUAUAUCUGCGUUUCUCGUUGAACCGGUAAACUAAAAAUUAAAGUAAAACGGAGCAAUAAAUGUUGAGGAAUUCCUGUUCCUUUUCUCCCCGAAAUCCCGAUCUCCCAGUGAACGUGACAGAGGCAAUCGUGCGAGAGUGAAAUCAACGAUCGGUUUUCCAGAAUACCGUCGUCGGUCUUAACGAGGCCGAAAAAUCGGGGGAGGGAUGGACGUCCUCGUGUCAGUCCGACUGUUCUGACGACUAAGGAAGUCCCAUCCGUCACUGACCGGCCCCCGGGCCGUAGAAAAGAGACUCGGGGCCUUAGGCGAGGGUGAUGCAGCAGCCCCAGGGGGCGACGGCGAGCGGGGCGCCUAACGGCGUCGCCGGUGGGGCCCAGAUUCCGCCUGCGGGAGGCCUGAGUCCGGUCCAGCCGGGGACUACCGCCUCUAACUCGACCGGCCAGAAUCGGGCCCAGGUAAACGGAGGGCGAUUCGACUUCGACGAUGGCGGGACUUACUGCGGUGGAUGGGAGGACGGUAAGGCCCACGGCCACGGCGUUUGCACCGGGCCCAAAGGACAGGGUGCAUACUCGGGGAGCUGGCAUUACGGGUUUGAAGUUUCGGGCGUUUAUACGUGGCCCAGCGGCUCGGCGUACGAGGGACAAUGGCAAAACGGAAAACGCCAUGGUCUAGGGAUGGAGACACGUGGCCGGUGGUUAUACAGAGGUGAAUGGACUCAAGGGUUUAAAGGACGGUACGGUGUUCGCCAGUCCACCACAUCCACCGCAAGGUACGAGGGUACCUGGGCCAGCGGACUUCACGACGGUUACGGAUCCGAAACGUACGCGGACAGCGGAACCUAUCAGGGCCAAUGGCUCCGAGGAAUGCGACACGGUUACGGAGUGAGGGCGAGCGCCCCGUUCGGCCUCGCUUCGCACUACAAGCCGCCGAAGCAGGUGAGGGCGUCCCUGACGUCCCUAAGAAGCGCCGACGGGGGACCAGCGCCCCCAGCUCCGACCCCUGAACCAACGGACCGACGAGAUCGACGGGUUGAUGACAGCCGAGGGGGAUUUGUCCUGAAGGCGAGGAGCGACGAUCCUCCAGCGCGACGGAAAAGUCUGACAGAAAAAUCAGGCCUGAAGAAGGGAUUACUCUCGGGUUUGAAAAUCCGCAAGCAACGGAGCACCGGUGACCUUGAAAAACGUGGCACGGGCGGAAGCAUACGAAGCAAUGCGAGUUCUGCGUCAUGGAUGUCGACCGAGAGCUCGCAGAGCCAAGCGUCGGCCUCCGUCCACACGGAUAGCAAUGCCUCUUUCGUCAUUGAGGACGAGCAGAUGGAUGCAUCGGUGACCGAGACGUACCUUGGAGAGUGGAAAAACGACAGAAGAACAGGAUUUGGAAUAUCGGAACGAAGCGACGGCCUCCGAUACGAAGGGGAGUGGUUCAACAAUCGAAAAUACGGCUACGGAGUAACGACGUUUCGCGACGGAAGCAAGGAGGAGGGAAAAUACAAGAACAACGUGUUGAUAACGAGUCAGAAGAAGAAACACCUCUUCCUGAUCCGCUCAGCAAAGUUCAGAGAGCGAAUAGAGGCGGCAGUGAACGCCGCCCAACGGGCGAGCAAGAUCGCUCUGCAAAAGGCGGACAUCGCGAUAUCGCGGACGGCAACCGCUAGAGGGAAGGCCGAGCUCGCUGACAUAGCGGCGGAACAUGCGCGCGAGGAUUCGGACAUCGCGCAGCACACCGCGCGCCAGUUUGCACCUGACUUCAGGCAGCCGGGACUGGAGCGCCUGCGCAAUCGCGAGAUCCCAAAGUACGUCCCGCCACCACAGGACGCAGCGCCGGCCAAGAGCAUCCUACUUAAGAGCAGCGGGGCUCAGGAUCAGGCCCAAAUUCAGGGCCCUUCCUCGCCGGGAGAGACCACCGCGAGUCCCUCAGCGCCUAGUCAAUCCUUGACUCAGUCAAUAACGCAGUCCAUGCGACGGGCUAGCAUGCGGCCGGCGCAGAGCCUGAGCCAGAACCAAAACCCGGUUGGUAGCACUCAGAACCAACAGAACCAGAAUCAGUACACGGCCCAGAGUCAGAACCAGUACACGAACCCGCCCUCCAACAAUCCGUACAAUCAAACGCAGCCGAAUAUUAACCAGAUGCAAAAUCAGUUUCAACAGCAAUACGUAGCGCAGAAUUCUUAUGGUCUGGGAGGGCAGAGCCAGUUUGGAGUGCAGAACAACGGCGGUACUCCCACACAAUUCGGACAGAGCCAGGCGCAGAAUCAGGAGCAGACCGAACAGUAUCAGGCUUACCAGACCGCACAGGGGUACCAAAACCAGUACCAGAAUCAGCAGGGGUAUCCGAACCAGCAGAAUGCGGUGCCCAACCAGUACGCACCAACACCGCUAAACAACCAAGUGAAUCAAACUAAUCAGAUGAGCCAAAUGAAUCAAAUGCAGAACCAAAUCAACAGCCAAGCCCAAAAUCAGUACAUGCCAAACUACGUCCAGCAGCCGCAGCAACAUCAACAGCAGCAGCAACAGCAGCAACAGCCACAACAACAACAGUACCAAAACGACCCGACUGGUGUUCUUCAAGAUCAGCAAAGGGGCAUCAACACCGGUGCCAGCAUACGAAGGAACAGCAGGAUACUCAGCCCUCAGGACAGACCUCCGGGACCUCCUAUGGCCCAGGCAUUUAGCGACAGACUGGAUCACUACAAACGACCUCCCAGCCGAGAUAGUUCGGUUGAUCGGUACGCCAGGGCUCACUCAAGGCUUACCGGUUCUAGACAACCGUCAAUCGACAAGGGACAAGUUCCACAGUCCCAGGAAUCGAUCGACAGAUCGGCAAGAGGCGCGAGCACGUUCAGAUCGGCAACACCGUUGAACGGAUCGGCGAUCGGUAGCGGCGCUGCUACUCCUGUGUACACGGUGCCGACGUCGAGUCAGUUCGAGGGUGCGCUACUCCGUAAUCGUGGACUUGGCCAGGACAUCCUGCCGAGUCCAGGACAACCGAAACGUACCGAGAGCCUCUACGUCAGUCCGGCUCGAGGGGGUUCGAUUUCUGCGAUCGGCGGAGGCGGCGCUGGGGGCGGCGGCGGCGGCGGCGGGGGCGGAGGACCGAAGGCGAUGCCGGUAACCGCAAUGCCUCUGCAACGUAAGAAAUCACUGCCCGACGUUGCCCAGCCAAUUCAACUCACCGCAAGCUCGCCUCUGUCACGGGAAGAAGUGAGCGUCCUCAGCAGCGCGCGUCGCGAAGAAAUCAGGAGACAGAUUGACGAGGGCGAGAGGCUCAGGGCCAACCCCUUACUUUACCUCGUCAGCCCCCAGGUCAAAGAUUGGUUCUCUCGUCAGCAGUUGGUGAUGCUGGUACUUUUCAUCAAUAUAUCCCUUGCCCUGAUGUUCUUCAAAUUGUUGACGUAGCAGGCAGCUGGGAAGUUCUUUACCGGGAAAAACGAAAGAAUAACGAAAAAAAAACCAAAGAAGCACUCGACAUCAUCAACGUCAUUGUAAUCAUAAUCAUCAUCGUGAUAAUUAUCACCCACAUUCAUACGAUAAUAAUAAUAUCUAUAAUAAUACAAUAAUAAUAAUAAUAAUAAUUAUGAAAUGCUGCCGUACGAGAAGAAUUGUAAAAAAAAAAAAAAAAAAAAACAUCGGCUGUGAGGAUUUCGACAUCGCAAAAAUUAUGAGAAAAAUAUGAGACGAUCGCGGCGAGAAUCGAAAAACAUGAAUAAGAGUUUAUUGAUGAAACGCGACAAUGCAAUUUUCAAAUUCCGAACAAAAAAGUGAGCGGGAGCUGCAAAUAAGGGAUCGAUCGAAAAGCGAGGCGUGCGAAUCGAGUUGCAAUGCCUGCGAUUGCGCAUCCGUUCAAACGAUUAUAAUACCGGUUAUGUUAUUAUACGGUAAACUAUGUGUACCUUAUAAUUCAUUGUUACAUAUUGUACUAUCGAGGAAGAGGAGGAAAAUUAUGCGGACGUAGAAUCGCGUUUGAUUUUCUUGUAGAGUGAAAUAAAAAGAUGAAAUACACGAUUCACAUAAAUAAAUAUGCGUAAUAUGUAUAUUAGGGUGUCCCAGGAAGAAUAAAAAAGUUCAAUUUUUCAUGCUCCUACCCCUCAAAACUUUAGUUUUAAUAGAAAAAAACACAUCCUCGCACUGGCCGAGCUCUGUAGCUCAAUGGGAACCUGCCGCUAAUUGAACAUUUCUAAUUAUACAAGUUAUAAUAACGUCUGUGACGAACUUCGUGAAAGAAUUAAAAUUGGAGACUAUGAGGAUUAUAUUUCAAAUUAAAAAGAAAUUUUCUUCUUGCACAUUUCCAAUGUUUUAUGAACUAAAUAUUAACAAUUUCGAGUUGAAAUUUGUUUCUCGACACCAUCGUGUUCUACAUAACAAUUCAGAUCAAUUCUAUUCAUGAUAAUAAUUUAGUCACUCGAAUAAUUUGUCAAUCUUGUCUUUUUUAUAAAUAAUUAGAACUGUGCUAUAAGAAAGUCUGUUUAUUAGUUGAAAAUUUUGUUUUUAACUUGAAAUACAAUUCUCAUAAUCUCGAAAGUUUUUUUGUUAUCCACAAAGUUCCUCGUAGACAUUAAUCAGAUUCUAUAAUUAGAAAUGUCCAAUUAGCGUCAGCUUCCCAUUGCACUAUAUAAAGCUCGACCCGUGCGAGAAUAUUUUUGGCUAUCAAAACAAUAGAUUCAAGGGGUAGGAGCAUGAAAAAUCAAAAUUAUUUUUUAUUUUUUGGGAUAUCCCAAUAUAUAUACGCAUAUAAUACAUGUGUAUAUUAUAAAUUGUUAUGUUGAAGAAAAAAAGAAAGAUAUUAAUAAAUAUUAUUGAUAGAAAAUUCGAUAAUGUAAUAAAUGCUAUAUAUAUAUUUACAUAUAAAUAUAUCUUGCGUUUUCGUGGAUACGCGCUAGGACACCCCUAAUUAUAAGCAAUUUAGGGUGCGAAUCCAAUCCGAGCAGCUCCGAGUUUCGAAUCAGCCGCCUGCUAGCAAAUGAACAGCGGAGCUGCUCAAAAUGAACCUGGAGCGCAUCCACGCAAAUACACGGUAUUUAUGUAUAUGUGAACAGACUGUACUAUAUAAUAUUACGGUGUACGUAAUGUAUGCAUACUAACUUCGGUAUGUGUAUACAUACAAAAUGAAAAAAACCAGGAGAAAAAAAAAAAGAAAACGAAAACUAACGCGGAAGAAAAAACGGUACGAGAUGUGAAAACGAUGGUUUUUAUCAUUAAUAACUAUGCAUACGCAAUAUUAUUAAAUUUCGUGAAAUUGUGAAACAAAUAAAUGUUAGGAAACAUCACGGGAUAUACCCGUAUAUAGAAUCGCACAUAAUAUGAAAUAAUAUAUUAAAUUAUAUGCAUAUCUCGUGAUUCGUUUCCUCGUAUUUGUUUUUUUUUUUUUCAGUUUGACCAAAUUUCACAAUAUUAUGUCGGCUGUAAUAUAAAAUGAAGAAUUAUACAUAAAGAAGAAGGAAAAUGAAAUGAAGCAGAGAUAAAUAUAAAAUUGAAUCUACUUACGUCGUCAUAUGAUAUAAGAAUUAUAUUAAUGAAAACCGACCGACCAAUGAAAAUUCUAAAUAAAUUUUUCUUUAAAUUGUGCUACAAGAAAAAUAUCUGAGAAAAAUUCCGUGUAAAUGCCUGUUACAUUGACGUCUUAUAUAUAUGCAUAUACAUUACUGAUGUUUAUUUAUUUUUAUUACCACUUUCUUCCGUCUUGUCGUGAUAAUAUGUUGAUGACGUUUCAAAAAUGAACGUACAGAAAACGAAAUUUGAAAUGAAAAACUAGGCAGAAAGAGAAUCAACGAGUAAGAAACAAGCAAAUUAUAUGGUCCACCUGCACAGCAUUAAUUUAUUUAUUCGUUUUUGGUUUUUGUUUUGAUGGUAUUUUCUUUAACGAAGACGAGAAGAGAAAGAAAGCUAGAUCGAGUAAAUAAGCCAAAGAAAAAAUGUGAGAAUGAGAGAUUGAGAGAGAUUGCAAGAGUAAUAACUUAUAUUCGUUGUCUAUCCGAGUACUUGUAUAUUAUGUAUAUGUAUUACAAUAUUUUUACACUAUAUACAUAUGUAUAGCUGCAUACAUGAAUGUACUAUUUUUUAAUACUAAAAGACUUAGUAUCGAAUUGCCUAAGACCCCAACGCCUAGGUUUGGGUUGAAAAAAAAAAAUAUUAAAGAAUACAAGAAGUCGAGGAGGCAAAAAAAAAAAAAAAAGCAAGAAAAAACAAAGAGAAAUAAACAAAG